AUGCUGAUCCUGAGGUGCCCAGCCCAGCUGCAGCUCCUGGAGGAGACCCUGCGGAAGAGCCUGCCCACCACCCUGCCGGUCUUGGGAACUGUGAUGACGGUGGCCAGGGGGAACCCGGCCUCCCACGAGGUGCUGGUGGACUCCUGGCCCCAUUUCGGCAUUGUCCUGACCCGCCUGCGCCCAGAGGACCACAGGGACCCCAGGGACUACUACACCAACCAGCUGUCUGUGUUCUACCGGGACAAGGGAGCCCUGCAGGCAGUGCUGGAGGGCACUGAGGCGGUGACCCAGGAAAGAGCCUUCCAGAUUCUGGGGAUGCAGGAUGGGCUGGAUGAGGCUGUGCAGGAGGUGGCCAGUGCCAGGGGGCUGAAGGUGGAGACGAUCCGAUACCGGGCACUGAUGAGCCCUGAGCCCCCCCAGCCCCGCAGGCAGAUGCCCCCGGGCCUGCGCCUGGCGCCCGUGUCCCCAUCCCACGUCCCGCUGCUCAACGCCACGUGGGCCCAGGGGGGCAAUGCCCGCAGCCGGGCGUUCCUGCUGGGGCUGGUGCGGACGCUGCCCUCCGCCUGCCUGCUGGGCCCGCGCGGCCGCCCGGUGUCCUGGAGCCUGCUGGACGGGCAGGGCUGCCUGCGCCACGGCUACACGGUGCCCGCCUGGCGCGGGCGCGGCCUCACCGGGCUCCCGCUGGCCGUGCUGGGCCGGGAGCUGCACGCCCGCGGCUUCCCCAUCUACUGCUCCGUGCUGCCCCAAAACACGGCCUCGCUGCACGCCCUGCAAGCCGUCGGCUUCGUGCCACAGCCCGGAACCUUCUACCUGAUCCUGGGCACCCCAAAGUAGUGCCCAGGGAGGGGGUGCCAAGGUGAGGGGGGCCUGUCCUCGGGGUGGGGUUACCUGGGCACAGGGUGGCCUGGAUCCCCACCCUGUGAGAGAG